AUGUUGUUUUGUUCCAUCGUAGGGUCGAGUCUUCUGCUCGCUACCACAACAGCUCAUACCUUGCAACUUCGCGAUGAAUCUGGCUAUUCUGGCUUUCUUUUGCCUCGAACAGACAGCGAGACAGCUUCACAAUGGCCAUAUGGACCUUUCUCGACCAAAGGCCGAGAUAUCAUCAAUGCAAAGGGCGAGGCUGUGACUUGGGCGGGUGUGAAUUGGCCAGGAAGCGGCGAAACGAUGGUCCCCGAAGGUCUCGAAUGGGAAUCAGUGGAAGAUAUUGUCGCCCGUGUCGCUAGCGUUGGGUUCAACUUCAUUCGUUUAACUUAUGCCAUUGAAAUGGUUGAUCAGAUGUAUGCAAGAAACGGCUCUGACGUGCCUCUUGAGGUUGCCAUGAUCACUGGACUUGGCUACGAGAAUGGAACUAAAGUCACACAAGAAAUCAUCUCCAAAAACCCUCAGUGGACGAAAGAUACGACCAGGUUCGAAAUCUGGGACCACAUCGCAAAUGUUGCCCACAAUCAGAGCAUCUACAUUCACCCUGACGUCCACGUCGGCAAAGCUCAGUGGUGUUGCAACAACACUGAUGGCAACGCUUGGUUCGAUGACUACAACUUCCCCGUGAGCAACUGGAAGCGUGGUCUUCAGUCCGUAGCCAACUGGGCGAAAGACCACCCAAACGUCGUGUCAAUGGCCUUGCGAAACGAACUUCGGAGAGCCAUCAACGAAACUGCUCCAACAUCCACCCUCGGCUACAWCUGGCUUUCGCUGGUUGGUAACAACACCGCAGCCACCGAUGCCAUCUACCAAGUCAACCCCGACAUCCUCGUCAGCUGGUCCGGCAUGCAGUACGACCAAGACAUGUCAGCUUUAACAACCGGUCUGAACUUGAACACAGCCCCAUGCUACCAAUGUGACGCAGUCCUUGACGGUCUCCGUCGUGAACCCAUCAUCUUCGACCUAUCCGCCCACCCCUGGGCAGACAAAGUCAUCUACGAAAUGCACCUCUACUCCAUGUCCGAGAACCUUGACACAGGCGWCUGCGACAUCAUCCGGGCGCAAUUCUACGAGAACGGUUUCAACGCCAUGGGAAUCGACAAGCCCGCAGCCUGUAACGUGACCGGAAACUGCGUCGAAGCCGUUCGUCAGACUCCCAUUAUAAUCUCCGAGUUUGGCUCUGCGCAGGACGAGACGCUAUUGAAUGAUACUCUGCAGAGCUGUUUGAGAGAUUUCACGACUGAGCAUAAUAUCAGCUGGGCUAUGUGGAGUCUGGCGGGCUCGUAUAGAAUUCGAUCUGGUGGGCAGGGAGUUGGUGAUACGUGGGCGUUGACCAAUUAUGAGUGGAAUGGAUGGAACUUUGAGAGGGGUAUUGAGGAGUGGUGGAAGCCGUGGGUCAAGACUAUGCUCGGGUGA